AUGCCUAAACUAGGGAGCGUUUUGGGCGCAACCCGUGGAGGCCACAAAGAUGCACUAACUUCCGGACGCGGUGGACGGCCUCGAGGACAUGGCGCGACUGGAUUUAGAAUCCAGUCAAACCGAGGCGCAGCUCGAGGCCGUGGAAGAGGCCAUGCCCAACUUGGCCGACCUACAACCAGCGUUAAUGGAGCUCAAAUUGAAAAGGAAUCACCAGCCAAUAUUCCCGCUUCAAGUUCACCCUUCGCUGCGAUUAAAAAUGAUGCUUUGGGGGGCUUUGGCCCUACAGCCUCGUCACCUGUUGACGGGUCGCAAAGCUCUUCCGUAUUCGGGAAGCCGUCGUUCAAUCCAGGAAGUAUGACCUCGAAUGGGUUCGGAACACCUUCUAUCGCACACCAACCGAAGGGAAAUGUUAAUCAGCCAAAGAGGGAGCCUCGCCGUAAGGCUAUUUCCCAAGGACGCUCCCCCAAUGAACAAAUAGUUGAGCUGAAUCCCACCGGUGGCACGAAAACUGUCGAUUACCAAGAACGCUAUGAGAAGUUGAAACUUGAUCGGGUCAGGCAACGAGAAAAGGCCAUUAAACAAGGUCAAAUGGCCGAUCCUAAUCAACCAACUCUACUAAACAAAGCGAUAACGCCAGUUGGAACGUGUACCACUAUGUGUCCAGAAUUUGAGCGGGUGGAGAGGAUUGUUCAAAAGAUGGUUGAUAAAAGCGAAAAGAGUCUCGAUCCGACCACCAACUCACUUGAAGUCCGAGAACUCAAAAUGCUGAAAAGAUUUAGGCGGUCUGCAGCAGGCUAUGAUGAACAGCUACCAUCUGAUAUUCGCACACCGAACACUCUGCUUCAAUCCAUGAAUUACCUUAUUCGGCAUGUUGUCAGCGGUCCUGACCCCCUCGGCCUAAUACAUAAAUUUGUGUGGGAUCGGACACGGUCUAUAAGAAACGAUUUUUCUGUCCAACAACUCACAAAAGUAGAGGAUAUAAAAAUAGCGGUAAAAUGUCUGGAACGGAUAGCCCGUUUUCACAUCAUUUCGCUACAUCUGCUUUCCUCCCCCGACAAUGAAGAACAAUUCGACCAUCAUCAAGAACGAGAACAGCUCAACAACACAAUGCUAUCGUUGAUGCACUAUUAUGAUGAUAACAGGGAGCGCAUUGAUUUUCUUAAUGAGCCGGAAUUUCGUGCAUAUUACAUUGUCUUGGCCAUUCACGACCAGCGCCCAGACAUCGAAGAUCGUGUGCAAAAAUGGCCGCAAGAGAUUCUUCAAAGCCCUAAAGUCCAGGUUGCUUUGGAGCUACUAGCUGCUGCAAAUAACUACUGGGAAUAUCAGAUUGUUCUGGACACAACACGGCCAAAUGCAAUCUCUCAGGGAUUCUAUGACAGAUUUUUCGGUCUCGUGGAUUCUCCAUCGGUGUCAUAUUUGAUGGGUUGUGUCGCGGAGAUAUACUUUAAUAAUGUUAGACAGACUGCCAUUCGCACAAUCUGGAAGGCUUAUUGUCGUGUCCCCAUCUCUCAGCAACAUAAGAACGAAGAUUGGACGUUAGAUGAGCUUACUCGUGCACUCUAUUUCGAUGAUGAGUCUCAGGCAGAGAAGUUUUGCGAAGAGCAAGGGCUUCAACUGAUGGAGAGAACUGACGGAUCACUGUAUCUCAACUGGGGGACAAGCAGCAUCGAUAUCGUCGAUUUCGCACCCUCUUCGCGCCAUUCCUUUUCCGAGAAAUAUGUCGAGGUAAAACGUGGUGGUAGAACACUUGCUGCCAUCAUUCUUGGACUGAAUAUCGCGCAGGCGGCUACUCGUGGUAUGAUCGAUACUUCAUUAUUACCUGCCGAUGGUUAUGGGACCCCAAUAGAUGAAGAUGACAACGAGCUUUUUGUCAGCCAAAACGACCAGCCUCCGCAUGCAGGAACAGGCUUGUUUCAGGAUCACUCAGAGCCCUUACUGCAACCUGCGACUGGAGAGCCUGCUGCAUUGGUGACAUCUGACAAGCCUUUUGGGUUAUUCCAACCACCUGCUGUGUCCGUUGGAACAGUUCAAACAAGUCCAUUCGUCAAUAUACCCUCUUCGGAUACCCCCGCCAAACCUCUUCUUGCGACCAAUUCCUUGUUUAGUGCAUCGACCCAUACAUCGGCCUCGGGCCCCUCGCAGUCACCAUUUUCUCAAAUAUCUGCUUCAACAUCGGCUCCUUCUCAAGGAACGAUAUCCGCCAACACGUCACAGCCACAAUUCUCAUGUGCAGCCUCAACUCAAAGUUCAUCUAUAAAUCCGACUACAUUAACGGCGACUGCACCUGUUGAACAACCCAAGCCAACGUCCUCAUGGGCUUCCUCUUCUCGGACCUCAGCCAACAUUUUCAAGACACCCGAUCUCUCGACAACCACUGUGGAAUUGAAGCCGCAGUCCUCAUUCUCAACCUCCCCGGUAACAACGCCGCUCUUUCCUGCUCAAAACUCUACACCGGAAGCCCCUCCGUUCAGCACAUAUGCUGAAACUUCAAAGCCGCUCUUCUCAUGGCAACCAAAUCCUCAGAUUUCAGAUCCAGCUUCCAAAGCCCCUGAUCUUUUAGCAGCCACCAAUGAUGUAAAACCGGCACCCGUAUUACCGUCAUCACCCUUCUCCUUUCAAACGUCAAACAUCAAAGUUUCUCCGACGAUAUCAGAAGUAGCAUCAGACUCGAUCUUCUCCAAGUCACUGCCAUCUCAAAAUUCACCCGUGACGCUUAGUACUCCCGCGCCUAAUGGCUUAUUUUCGCGGCAGAAACAGCAAAUAGAGCAAACAACUUCCCAUGUCGAAACGGAAGACAAAGUCUCUUCAAAAACGCAGAUGACAUCACAGUCACUGCCUUCUUCUGCCUCGAAUGCCAAUUUGGUAACGAAUUCCAAUCAGGAAUUCACGAGCGUGGAAUCUGCUGUUGAGUUGCAGCAAGACCAACCCCUAGUUGAUGACUCACGUGCAGAUAGCGUCUUACCGGUCACUGAACCUUUACCCAGGCCGGAAAGCUCAAUUGAUGACUCAGAUUUUCGCAAGUCGUGGAUUGAAACUUUGAGGCAAUCAGCAAUAGAUAAUCGAACAUCUCAAGUCAAUAGGAAGCGGCCACUGGAAGCUGAAAAAGAGGAAAUAACACAACCUCGUGAAAAAAAAACAGUGCCUGUCGACAAGCCGAAAGUAAGACGUGAGAAGGUUGUCAAAUCAAAAUCGAAGCCUCCGCCUGGGAAGCAAAAGAAACAAUCACUUGCUCUAGCAUCCAUCGCGCCACUUCCGACGCUUCCAAUCCUCGAGAAAGUCAAGCAACUGACCCAGGUCAAGGAGCCUGUCCAAGAUGAAACUGUGUCAUCUAGAAGAUCACAAAUUGACGAGGAUGAAAUGCUCCUCUCGGCUGCCCGUAUCGCGGCAGAACAAUUGAAAAGUGGUCCGAAGCUCCUCGGCAAAGCUUCCGAUUAUUCUUACGUGGACCCCCUCCGUUCUUCUACAUAUUUUGGAAGGAGUCUUGAUUCUGGAUCUCGUACGUUAUCAUCAUCAGAGUCAUCAUCAUCACCUCAUGCCUGUAUCAAUGGUUACGAUCUUGCACUGGCGCCUGAAACGCCGCUUGGUCUCGGUCGUACUCUAUCUCGCACCGAGCAACGUCUAAGGUUCACCGGAGGAAAGGGCCUAGCAUAUAAGCCACUUCAACUGACACCAGAUAAAGACAAGUUAACUAAAAAAUCGGACAAAAUUAAAUUCGACUUGAGCUCGGACUCUUGA